GUAACUGGCGGUUUAGCAGCGCCAUUUGUCGCAGCUGGUGCUGGUGUAGUUAUUGGAUCGGGUGCGGCAGCGGGACUUGCAACAACAGCUGGAGCUGCUGUUCUUGGGUCAUUAUUUGGUGUGGCCGGAGCUGGAUUAACGGGUUACAAAAUGCAGAAACGUGUUGGUGCAAUAGAAGAAUUCGUAAUUCAACCGCUUGCCGAAGGACGAAGUUUACAUUGUGUGCUAGCAAUUAGUGGAUGGAUUGAAGAUGAAGGUGAAUUUAUCUAUCAUCAGCAGUGGAGGCAUCUAUGGAUGUCGCAUGAGCAGUAUAUUUUACGCUACGAGAGUAAAUAUUUGCUGGAAUUAGGGCGUGCCAUCGAUUAUCUCAUGUCAUUUGCUGUCUCGGUUGCUGUUCAGCAAACCCUCCUGGAAACCGCUCUUGCUGGUUAG